GUGCGCGAGGCGGGGCGGGGGGCUGCCGGCUGCGCUGGGGCGGGCGCGCGGCCCUGUCACCGGCGCGCCAUGGACUUCAACAUGAAGAAGCUGGCGUCGGACGCGGGCAUCUUCUUCACUCGGGCGGUGCAGUUCACAGAGGAGAAGUUCGGCCAAGCUGAGAAGACUGAGCUUGAUGCCCACUUUGAAAACCUCCUAGCUCGGGCAGACAGCACCAAGAACUGGACGGAGCGGAUCCUGAGGCAGACUGAGGUGCUGCUGCAGCCCAACCCCAGUGCCCGAGUGGAAGAGUUUCUAUAUGAGAAGCUGGACAGAAAGGUACCCUCGAGAGUCACCAACGGGGAGCUGCUAGCGCAGUACAUGGCAGAGGCAGCCAGCGAGCUGGGCCCCGGCACUCCCUAUGGGAAGACACUAAUCAAGGUGUCAGAAGCUGAAAAGCGCCUGGGAGCAGCAGAGCGGGAUUUCAUCCACACCGCCUCCCUCAGCUUCCUCACGCCCUUGCGCAACUUCCUGGAAGGGGACUGGAAAACGAUUUCGAAGGAGAGGCGGCUCCUGCAGAACCGGCGUCUUGACUUGGAUGCCUGCAAAGCCCGACUAAAGAAGGCCAAGGCAGCCGAAGCCAAAGCCACGACGGUGCCUGACUUUCAGGAGACUAGACCACGUAAUUACAUUCUCUCGGCCAGCGCCUCUGCGCUUUGGAACGAUGAAGUAGACAAGGCUGAGCAGGAGCUUCGAGUGGCCCAGACAGAGUUUGACCGGCAGGCAGAAGUGACGCGUCUCCUGCUGGAGGGGAUCAGCAGUACCCACGUGAAUCACCUUCGCUGCCUCCAUGAGUUCGUCAAGUCUCAGACAACCUACUAUGCACAGUGCUACCGCCACAUGCUGGAUCUGCAGAAACAGCUAGGCAGAUUUCCAGGCACCUUCGUGGGCACCACAGAGCCUGCCUCCCCACCCCUGAGCAGCACCUCACCGACCACCACUGCAGCUACCAUGCCUGUGGUACCUACUGGGGCUGGCUUGGGCCCUCCAGAAGAGGCAGCACUCUGCCUGGAGGAGGUGGCUCCCCCGGCCAGUGGGACUCGAAAAGCCCGGGUGCUCUAUGACUACGAGGCAGCUGACAGCAGUGAGCUGGCACUGCUGGCUGAUGAGCUCAUCACUGUCUACAGCCUGCCAGGCAUGGAUCCUGACUGGCUCAUUGGUGAGCGAGGCAACAAGAAGGGCAAGGUUCCCGUCACCUACCUGGAACUGCUCAGCUAAGCAGCCCCUUCCCAGGCCUGCCGCUUACACUUGUCUGCUGGUGACAGAGCUGCCUAGGAUAAGGGACCUAACUCUUUUCUGGCUGUGCCUGUCAUUCAGCUAUUAAGGACCCCACAAGACAGAAUGGCUCCAGGUCCCUCUGCUAGCCCUGCUUCUGACCUAACCCUGCACACUCCAGGCUUCCCAGCUCCUUAGCAGGACGGUCACUCCAUUUGAUCCCACCAUGGGCCCAGAAUAUGCUGGGAUGCUCUUGGCAUGAAAGGAAUGCUGUGAAGGUUGAGGGGGACAGCAGCAAACAGGUAGGGCUGGGACAGUGUAGCAGGAGACCAGAAGGGUCAGCCAGAGCAGCAGCACCAAGUGCUGCCUCCCCCCACUUCCCUCAUGGCUCUGGCUGGGUGCAGUGGCUACAGCCACCAUUCCCUCAGUUUCUAACAUUCUUACUUCUGCCUGUCUGCUUGCUCUCUGGCAAAUAAAUCCUCCUUUGUGUGCAAA